AUGGAUCCAGCACAGCUUGUACAGAUGGCUCUUAACCUGAGUGAAAGCCGCCGGAGGCAUAUGAGUAGCACGUUGCCGGUGCCGGUAUCGCCAGCAGGAGCGAGGCGUGUUGUCUCUGGGCUCGCUGCCGGGGCUGGCGUGGUCCAGGCAGGAACUCCGAACAUGAGCCACUCGGGCCAUCUGAAUCAUGAAUCUGGUCGACCGGCCUCUGGUUCACAGACCUCUAGUCAGCAGUAUGGCGACAUUGCGUCGGGCACCGUCGGCGGGCCUGAAGGUUCUGUGUUCAGCUUUUCACCCGCAACACUAUCUCGUGCGGAAAAGGCGCGUAGAUACUUUGAGCUGGCUAGCGAACAUAGACGGCUUCUGGAGCAUUUGCCUCCAUUGAAGACCGAUUCAUCUGCUCCAGGCAACCAUUCAAUGAAAGCUACUAGCAGCCCGGGCAGUGCGCACUUUGAUGUGACCCGCAUACCUUCGAACACAACGGUGAAACGCGGCCUUGGUCGACCGUACAAUCCGUUACAAGCCUUGCGGAACCGCCGUCUUCGGAACAGAGAGCGUAGGCCCCUGACAGCACCGCCYGACACAUGGCAAGAGACCAACAGGAUUAAGGGGUGGAUUGAUGGUGUUGAAGCAGCUUCAAAGCAACCAUCGUUCCGACCUGGUGAGGAUCAAGUUCGGCUGCCUACAUUUUCUGGAGAGUCCGAGGGUGUGGAGACGUCACGGUCAUAUGCUGUGAAGGGACAUCGUAGGAAUGACACGGUCAGCUCCGUCAUCACGCGGCCGGAAAAUGGUUGGACCAUCGAGCCUGCCGAACUGCUUGCCGAUACAUAUUGGCUCGAGAAGGACGACAACAAGACGGUUGUCGAAGAUAGGCAUGGCAACCGCAUCUUCCCAAACAGAGCACGCCUGAGCGUAGAGGUCCCCCGUCGCAGCAAGGAGUCUGAACGCCGCAAGGGGCCUGAGACAGACAAGCGUGGCACCGCAGAUGAAUCUGAGGAUGACGAUCGCUUGAGAAGUCGCGGCAAGAAAAUGAUAUCCAUUCCCGGACGUCUCCGGCGACAUCACCCAAGUAGGCCAGCCAGCGUAGCAAGCAGCUCCAGCAGCGAAGGGCGAAAGCCUCCAGCCCUUCACUUCGGCGACAGCGAAGGCGGCGAUGAGAAUAUUGGCCCACUUGAAAGGCAUAUGAAACAGAWGAUUUACAAAGAGGAGCGGGGAGAGUUAUCAUCCCCUGAGAUUCCACCACUCAAUCAAGGGGAGUCGGAGGUGACACAUUUCCCGAGAGUACGCAGCGACAACAUACAUCAGAACUCUGUCAAAAGAGCUGAUGGCCGUCCAUCGGCUGAAAUUCAACGGUCUCAACGUGUGAGAUCUAUGGACGGCAGGGUUGGGUCCAUCGACCAUGGAGCAUUCGCGAUGGAUGAAACGGUAUCAAAUAGCACGGCGUCACCCCGACUGUCGAAUAAUUCGGCAUUUGACGUCACUGCCCCCGCGAACAAACGCAAUAUGGCGAGUGUUCGGAAGUACAAUAGCUCUAAUCUUCCCAGCUUUCGAUCUCGGAGCAAGGAACGGAAUCACAUUGAGCAUAACGAUUUCGCCGACAACACUGGCGCUCAGCUAUCGCCUGUGUUCAAUAAGGAACCGUUCUUGAUACCCUCCAGGUCAAGCUUAGAUUCCAGCCGGCCGAUGCAGAUGAAUCGAAAAGGUACAAAUGAAAGCACUACAGGCAGCAUGCGCCGGACGAACACUAGGAAUACCCUGACAGAUGGGUCCAUCAAGGAUUCGGCUAACGCUGUGGGUCGCCAAUUGGGACGUCUCGGGGACCUGGUAAGGAGCGAAGGUAGCCGUCUCGGAGAUCGACUACGCGGCGGCCGGGAUCGCGACACAGCUCUCGGCUUCCCUAGGGCGCCAUCAGAAGCAUCUGACGCUGAUGGCGCUGAGAACAGCAACAUGCAUUCGAGAAGCGACAACGAAAACGGCGAUGGCAGCCCACGGCAGUCGCUGGAGCGUGGCGGCUCGAAGCCGAAGUAUCAUACCGCCGGCCUGCCCACCUUCAAGUCUCCAGCUGCGAGAGACAACAGUGCUACCGAAGACUCCAGUGCCGAAAAGACUCCGCUUGUUCCACAUGAAAGUUCUCGCCCAGAGACUGCCAGAGCUGCUCAAAAGAAUCUCCCGGCUCCCCCGAUCAUUAACUUUCCUGACAGCGCCAGCGUUUCCGAUUCAGAUGUCCCUGGUACUGAGUCUUCUGGCAAUCGUCUCAAAUCGGCUUCGCAGACCCAUUUGUCGUUUGGCGCGUCCCCUGCGAUCAGGAACGGCGAGCGCCGCGGCAAUCUGACCAGCCACGAUGGGAGACGUCACUGGAGUAUCUCGGACCCAUCGCACCAAAGUCAUCCUCAGCUUCUCAACGACAUCACAGCUCGAGAUAUUGCCCGCGUCCGUGCACUGCUCCUUGCGUCUGGGAUCAAAGCACAAGAGAUUCAUCACAAAGCCGGUAGCCCACGCGACGCUCCACUACCUCUUAUCUCCAAAAUUGCUGACACCAUCGGUCAAAAGUUGGAUGGCCUGACUCGAAAGGAGGAAAAUAUCGUCGCUGGGCGCCUGCUAUCAGAGAGGAUAUCAUCUACCUUAGUCGAGUUCGAGAAGACUCUCGAGACUUUUCAAAGCACAACCGUCAAGAACCUCGGAGCGCAGCUUGAUGAGCUGUCGCAUCGAGCUGCCGACCAACUGACGAAAUUGGUACACGAGACAUCCGAUGAGAUCGAUGCUUUCAACGUGGAGCUCACGACAAAACAGCCACAAGAGGUCAAGCGUGUCGACGAAGCGGUUGACGAGAUGCUUCGGGAGCGGCGGAGACAAUUUAGAUUGGUACGCAGGACAGGCUUUAAAUUGCUGGAGUGGCUGGUAUUGGGUGCAAUGUGGUGGGCUUGGCUUCUUGUGGUUUUGUUUAACACAUUCAAGAAGGGUCUUGUCGCAGUGUUUGUGACGCUGAGAUGGCUUCUUUGGUUUUGA